CCGGCCGAGAAACCGUGGUCAAAGGGCUCGCGAACUAUCAUUGGAAUUUCCUCUAAUAUUCAUUCGUCCCCCCAUGGCGGUGCAGGCUCCAACGAUGUCCCUUUCGUUCGCCUACAGCGAGCGCAGUUUUUGCACGACAUAGCCGAGUAUCUCGGCAUUGGUCAGGGUGCAACGCGUCAGAUAAUCGAGCGCAGCACGUUUCUUCGUAGGUACACGCUGGCGGAGAUGAUCGGCGACGUCGAACACAAAAGCUGUUGCAUUUGUCUAGAAGAGUUCGUAGCAGGUGAGGAAGUUCGGGUGCUGCCGUGCACACACUUUUUCCACACUGCCUGCAUCGAUCGUUGGUUGAUAACCAACAGGAAGUGCCCCCUCUGCAGGAGAAACAUAGACAACGAACAUCUGCCAAUUGCUGCUGCGAGGCUGAUGAACUGA